CCGCGUACUUGAGCUAACACAUGUACUACGAGGCAAGAAAGAUCGAGUUGUGAAUUGAGGCCUUUGCGGUGUGCAGUGGUGUCGUGUAGACACGUUCAUGGCGACUUCUUUGGUGGCCAAGGUUCUUGGCAAAUCUGGUCGUUUUGCGAAAGAAGAAGUAUCGACGGUAUUGGAAAAUCUUUCGCAGAAGAUAGAUGAAGUUAAGGGAGAAGUGAACAAUGUAAUUCAGAAGCAGUAUAAAGAGUUUUUGGCUGUCUACGCUGAUACUGGGGAACUUAUGAGCAGAGCACAACACGUCACGGAAGAAAUGCAGUUGCUGGAGGAUAGAAUAGAGAAUGAGUUGUUACACCAAGUGAAGUCAGCAACCAGUGAACAAAGAGAACUGUCAUCUCGUCUUGAAACAAGUGAAGCCAAAGUUGAACUUCUAAGACUUUUAUGCAAGAACUCACAAGGCAUGCAAGGUGCACAGACGCUAUGGUAUUCGACAGGCGUGACUGUGAUUGUGUGAAAUCUUCUUUACCAGUCAUGAGAGUGCGAGGCGUUGCUUCACUGUGAAUUUUGUAACAAACUUUGUGCUUCUCCAGCAUAUGUGUUUUGGCUUGGCCUCCGAGAUGUCUGUCACGAUGGGUCUUGUUUGUGUAUUUGCUGCGUUGUCCUCUAUUCUAGUUGUCUUGUAUCUAAAGGUAUGACUGACAUGCCAGCUCAAGAACAU